GUUUUAUCGGUGCACCCCUCAACCUCCAUUGGUCCACAUUUGUGUACUUCAAAACUGAGAGCGGAGCACUGAACUGAGGAUGGAAUCCGACGUAGUGUUCCCACAUCGAGGCCACAGGUCAAGUCAGCCUCCGGGCUAUGAGCAGUAUGAGCGCCUCACCCAAUCUCAGGUUCAGGAAGCGAACCCGGCAGAAUCCCCGGCACCCUGGGUGUCAGAUAGAAGUAUAAUGGAUCCACUGAUCGCGGAGUACGAUCGACAUAAUGAUGAGAUGGCUGCAAAGCUUCGCGAUAAUGAGAUAUCGAUGACUGACCUGAAAGCAAAGUUGGAUCGGGUCAUUAUGGAAAAUGAAAGGCUUCAUGCUGAGCUACGAGAAUCAGUUGAGAAACAACUGCAUGCACAAGUGGGCAUUUCAGGACCAGAGGGCGACUCGAUGGAUGAGGGAGCGGUCAUCAAAAACCUUCAAGAGCAACUCCAGUGUUCUGAAAAGGAGCGGACUGACGCAAUGGAGCUAUGGCAGACUGCCGUCGAACAACUGGACACCAUCCAGCAGGGCUAUGAGAGGGCUGUGUCCGACGGACAAACCCAUGAUGCUCAGACACAGCAGCUCAAGGAUCAGCUUGCUCACUUCCAACAGCGCUCGCAUAAAUUCCAACUAUGGGGUCAGUCACUAGAAUCGACCAACCAGCAGUUUCUGAAGACGAUGACACAGCAGAGCAAAGAGAUGGAGUCGCUACAAAGCCAGCUCAGGCAGUCCAAGGUUGAGCUCCGAACCGCCUCAGCUAAAGUGGAUGAGGUAACCAAACUGCUACAGAGUGCCCAGGAUCAGCUGCAGAAACGGGAGGAAGAUAUGACCGUGGCUCUGCGCCGAGAAGACGCUGCUGAAAGGCGCCUUCACCAGCUUCAGUCUGCCCUGACCCAGAUGGACGAGAGACUUAAAGAUACAGCCCAGGAGACGGAGACCGUUCGAAGAGAACUCGCUGUGUGGGAGAAAAAGGUUUGUGAGCUCCAGACACGUUGUACGUCACUCGAGGAGGAGAAGUACGAGGCGCUGGCCAAGGUCCGAGAGAGUGUCCAGGUAGCUGAGGAGGCUGCUUUGCACAAAGACCAGACUUUGUUAAGAGAGAAACAGAAGACAGAAGAGCUGGAGAAGACAAAGGAGGCCAUCAAACAUUUGAUCCAAAAUGCUGUUUCACGCACCAGAAAAGAGGUGGACAACGUUAGAAAACAGUGCAACAUCCAAAUCAACCGGAUGACUGAGGAGCUCUCUGCAAUGCAGCUGGAGUGCACUGAUAAAGACUCCCAGAUAGAGAAAUCCCUGCGUGAAAGAAGAGCUCUUGAAGAAGAACUGGAGAAGGUUUACAAAGAAGGCAGGGCGGAGCCAGAAUUCAGGAAGAUGGAUGCUCUUCACCAAAAAUAUCUGGAUGCUGAAAGAAUGAAAGAAGAGAUGAAUCUGACACUACAAAGCAACCAAAACAAACUCAAAAAGAUGGAGAUGGAUUACAAUGAAGAGCUUUUACGCUGCCAAGAGGAAGUAAGGCGACUGCAGGGCUUUUUAUCAACGGCUCGCGACGACUGUGCUGGAGUCAGUGAGGAGCGGCUCCGGCUUCAGCAGGAAAAUAUGCAGCUGUGCAAGGAGAUGGAAGAGCUCCGUAAAUCCACAUUACAGGUCCAAAGGAAAGCUAAAGAACAGCUGUCCCAGAUGGAACAGGAGUACAGCCUGAAGGAGCAAGGAUUAGACGCCCGGGUGAGGGAGCUGGAGGAAAACAGCCGCAGCUCCUCUGUGGAGCUGACACGUCUCCUGUCAGCGCAGCAGAAAAGCACUAACCGCUGGAAGGAAGAAACCAAGAACUUGGUGCAGACGUUUGAGACUAAAAUAGUUCACUUAAGAUCCGAGCUGAACCAGCAGAAGCAGCAUUCAUUUGAGUUACAGAUGCAAGUGGAAACCAACAACAAUACCAUUGUUGAGUAUGAAAGGCAGCUUGCUGAGAAUCAAGAGAAAACAAGUCGUCUCCAGAGGCGACUUUCCCAGGCUGAACAAAAGGCAGCCGCCGCUACACAACAGCUGAACAACUUGGUAUCACAGCGACGGAAAGCAGCAGCGAUCGAUGCAGAGACUGGAUAGACAACCGGAUUGAGGUGCAGGAGGUCCAUGAAUCCAGCUGGAACUCGGGAGCAUCCACUUUCUCUAUGUUCUACUGCGUCAGUGUGGGUUUUCCACCAACUUUUCUCGAACAUUCAGAGGUUCAUGUGCAGUUGUAGUUUAGCAAGAUAAUGUAGUUGAGACUGUUCUCUGUGUCUGGGAUGGGUCCCCCCUCUGUGACCCUGGAGUAGCAGGUUAUGUUAGCAUCUUGUUUGAUGAUGCUGCUAUGACAACAGGGAUCAGUUUAAAUCAAGCGUGUCAGGAGGAUGUGUUUUGGACCACAGUGUCAAAGGGAAACUCCAUGAAAGUGCACGAGACCUUGCGAAUCAGAUGAAAGGAGCUAUAUGAACUUCUCUGCCUUUGAAUGUGAUCAUACUGUUUGCCAAGUUGAUAGUUUUUUUUGUUAGUUUUUUUUGUUUUGUUUUUUGCCCAUUGUGUUAUAUUUAUAUUUCAUUUUGUAAUAAAACAUAUUUAAAACGG